GCUGCAAAUUCUGGAGAGGAAUGAAUUUUGAAUGUUCAUUCAUCAAGCCUAGAGCAAAAGACUUUACGUCAGUUCGACAAGAAUGAGAAUUUUAAACCUUACCUUCUUGUUACUUACCAUAUUAGUGAUUCUCUCUGCUGUGGACGUUGGUGAAUGCGGAAUCAAGGAUUUCUUCAGAGAUUUUGCAAAAGGUUUCAAAAUAGGAUGGACGAAAACUAGGGAUAUUCUCAGCAAAGUUCCGAUCAUUGGCGGGGUAGCCCAAGCGUUGCCAAGAUUCAAAUUAGAAAAUGAAGCAGUCGAAGGAAAUUGAUAUUUCGUUCUCGAUUGU